GGACGAGGUAAGGUUCCAAGUUUACAAGCACCACAAGUACCCACCACAUCGAUCUGACAUCAGCUCUCGUGUAGCCUCUUGCUGUCUGUCGAUCUUGCGAAAUGCGCCAUCUACUGUUCUUUCAGCAGCUCUCACAAAUACAGAAUAUACCCAAGCAAAAUUAAUUAAUACCCUGAGAACAUCCUGACAAGAUGAUGAAAGAUGAAACUAUGAUGGAUGUGGAAUCCUCCUUGGGGGAUGCCCACUCUCUCCCGCCCGCUCCGCCUGAUGGAAGGAAGAAGCGUCCGUUUUGCAGCCGUCAUCGCGUGGCUGCCGUAGUUGGAAUCGUGAUUUUGAUGGCCGCCAUUGUUGGCGGAAUCUCUUUAGGUGUCCUUCGCAAAGGUACCACCAGCGAAGCUUCUACCAGCAGCUCUACCAGCGGCUCUACCAGCAGCACUGCCAGCAGCUCUUCCAGCAACUCUACCAGUACGAACGAGAAUGUUACCACUCCUACUGCUACCACCACAUCAGAACCAACCCCUGCACCGAUCGAUAGUCUUGCAGACUGGCUCGUCCAUCAAGAAAUUGCCAAGAGGGAGGACUUCUCAUUGUUGAGUAUCAGUAGUAGUACUAGCAAUUUGAGCUACCAGAGCAAAGCCCUCGCUUGGUUGAAAAGUAUGAAUACCACAAUUCCAACGACGGACUAUCAAGUCCUGGUGAACAACCCAGCCUACAAUGUCACGGUUCAAUACGCUCUAGCGUGUCUGUACUACGCCACCAAUCCAUGGGUCUCCAAGGUUGGUUUUCUCACAUCGACUCAACCGUGCGAAUGGCAAUCCCGAAACUUUCUGGGGGAUAUUCUGGGCGUUCGGUGUGACGAUGACGGCCUCCCAGUCUCCCUCAAAUUGGAUUUCAAUGGAUUGAAAGGGCCCAUCGUACCCGAGUUGGGCCUCCUCUGGUCCUUGAAGGGAAUUGAUCUGGAACAGAAUCGUCUCACGGGAACCAUUCCGCACUCCCUACAAGAAUUACCUCUUCUAUCCACGUUGUUCCUCAACGACAAUCGCUUGAAUGGUCCUCUUCCUCCCAAGCUGGGCCAGAAUGGACUUUUCCGGGGCAUUACUGUCUCCAACAAUCAAAACUUGACGGGUCCGCUGCCCGCACAACUCAUUCAAAGUGCUGGAACCUUGCGCAUUCUGGCCGUGGACGACAACCAGCUGACGGGGAAUAUCCAAUUUUUAACUCCAUUUGUCAACUUGACCCAUGUCUUUCUCGAGGACAACCGAUUCACGGGGACACUGUCUGCCGACUUUAUGGUGGACGCCCAAGUGCUUCGGAUUCUGGAUCUCUCGGACAAUCGACUGGAUGGAGAUGUUCCUUCUCAUUUGUUUGGCUUGUCGAAUCUGGAAACGCUCGAUCUACAUGGCAACCAAUUCCAGCGACUCCCAGAGACAUUUCCCAUCAACGGCAAACUCAAGUUUCUGGCGCUCCAUCAAUGCCAGUUGGAAGGACCGGUGCCGGUCGGCAUUGCCAACCUCCAAUCACUCUCGCAUCUAGACCUUUCUCAGAACAAACUCACUGGACCCUUACCCACGAACCUCCCACCUCAAUUGACGUAUCUUUUCUUGGCGGAAAACAACUUUGACUCGGGGAUCAUCCCGCAAACCUACGGUGCCCUGUCCAACUUGAGAGAACUGUCCCUGAAAAGCACACAGCGAACGGGGGUCCUUCCUUCUUUCGUGGCGACGGACCUACCAAACCUGAUCUUGUUGGAUUUGGAUAAUAACGCCUUGCGAGGAAACAUUCCGCAGUUUUUGGGAAAUCAAACCGAAGAUCUCUACGCGCUGCUCUUGAACAACAAUCUGUUGACGGGACCCGUUCCGUCGUCGUUGGGAACCCUUCCCUCGCUGUCUCUGUUCUUUGUGGACAACAACUCGGUAUCGGGAUCCAUGAGUUUGAGUUUGUGCAGUCUACCCCAGUUUUCCGUCAAUGCAACGGAUCGAUUACCAUUGGCGGCCGACUGCGGAGAAGUCAACUGUGACUGUUGUACGAUUUGUUGCGUGGACGGUGGUGCGGAGUGUCACGACAAUGACAUUGUGCCUUCCAUCGACCCCCAAUGGGAGCGGGAUUAUCGACGCCCCGUGUUCCAGUUUGGAAACGACACCGUUCUGGGACCUGCUUAGAGAAAAUAUAAACAUUGUCUACACAUUUUAGCUUUUGGAUAAGCGCAGACAGCCAUGUAUGCAUGUAUGUAGAAAACAUAAAGUGUCCGGCGAUAGGAUAGUUUCGAACACUGUACUAUUCGAAGAGCUUCGACAACAUUGGCAAUGUUCACUUGUCCCAGUCGCAUCUCUUCUCAUCGCGCAACCACCUUCGAACAAUCUUAAAUGACAUUUUUGUGAAUUUCAUGCCAAGAUCGCAGAGCAAACCCAGC